AUGCCGAUUGGGCUUUACUUUGUCCUGUGGUACGACGUUGGGCCAGGGAGCGAGGAGACGCAUGCACUGAGCGCCAACACCGUCCUGAGUAUCGUUACAGCAGCGAUAGGUGGCAGCAGCAUUCUCGAGUACUUACUCAGGGCUUGGAAGUUAUGGAAAAAAGGAGGUGAUUGCCGGGUCAUUGCGGCUCGGGGCCGAUGGUAUUUUGACUGGUCCCACUGGUGGUUUGGGUUGUGCUUGCUCGUAGUCGCAGCGGAGCUUGUCAUGGGGACUGCCCUGGACGAACAUAACAUACAGCUGCUCUCCUUGCCAUUAGCGUCUGUCCAGGCCGUGUUUGGGACGGUGCUGCUGCUUACAGACCUUCUUCAUCUCUUCGCAGUACCGGCACCUGUACGCAUCUCAUCAGUGCCCAGAGGCGCCGAGGUUCCUCCUGGCAUCUACCCACUUAUCGAGGAUAGCUGUGCGGUAGACGGCGCGGGGACGACGGAAUUUCCUAAGUCGCUGGAGCGCCGGUGCAAGGCAAGCCCGAUUUUCCGGCACCAUGCUGCGGCAUUCGGGCCUCUUCUGGGCCCUGGGGGCCCUAGCAUCUGCGGCCGGGACCAUGUAUUUGGUCUUUGA